AUGUGUGUUCUGAAUGUGAUAAAGCUUUUACACAGAAGUCAAAUCUUAUCACACACCAGAGGAUUCACACUGGAGAGAAGUCAUAUCAGUGUUCUGAAUGUGAUAAAGCUUUUACACAGAAGUCAAAUCUUAUCACACACCAGAGGAUUCACACUGGAGAGAAGUCAUAUCAGUGUUCUGAAUGUGAUAAAGCUUUUACACAGAAGUCACAUCUUAUCACACACCAAGAUUCACAUCAUAUCAUGA